GGACGGAGAUUAAACUUAAUCCGAUGGGCUCGACCCACAGCGACACAGCGUAGUCCAGAGCGAUUACCACUUAUCCUCCCUAUCUAAUGGGAGGAGAUUAGCAAGGCCAAUUCGGGUCACUUUCCAAAUCCCCUGGACUGGUUACUCUCCGCGUCAUGGCCGGAACUAUCGGCCUGAAAACCUCCGCCGCCACCGCUGCCGCCAUCCGUCGCCUAAUCGUAGCUGCCCCUCCCCUCACACGGCUUCUCCACCUCGUCAACACCCAACCCUACGCAACCUCCGCCUUCGCGACCGCUCAGCCGCAGCUCGACAACGAUUACUACUACCACCACCGCUACAACAACAGCGAAAACCAGCAAAAGGAAUCGGAGGCAGUUCCGAUGGUGGACUCGGAGGGAUUCGUUCCGACGAAAGGCGUGCAAUGGGUGUUCAUUGGCUACCCCGGCGCAAAGAAGCACGUGUACGCCGAGAAGAUCUCAAAGCUUCUAGAAGUUCCUCAUAUCUCCAUUGGUAGCCUCGUUCGUCAAGACCUCAGCCCUAGUUCCUCUCUCUACAAACAAAUUGCAAAUGCAGUGAACCAGGGAAAGCUUGUUCCCGAAGACAUAAUGUUUGGGCUAUUGUCAAAGAGGCUGAAAGAUGGGUAUUGCAAAGGAGAAACUGGAUUUAUUCUUGAUGGGAUUCCUCGAACACAAAUACAAGCAGAGAUCCUUGACAAACUUCUUGAUAUUGAGCUGGUUGUGAAUUUCAAAUGUGCGGAGGAUUGCUUGUUGGAACACCAUGGUGAUAACGUCUUUUCUCACUCUCAUCAAUCUGAUCGUUUCAGUGGAUCCGGUUGUGGAAGUCUUAAUGUGGACUCCCCAAGGACACAAACAAAGUAUUCCUUCUGUAAUGGAAAAGCCCAUAUCCACCACAAGCAGAUGAAGCCCGUGGAAGAUUACUACAAGAAACAGAAUAAACUCAUCAAUUUUCAAGUAGGCAGUGCACCAGGAGAGACCUGGAGGGGACUUUUGGCUGCAUUACAUCUCCAGCAUAUUAAUGCUGCCCAUUGUAGAUUGACCUCGGGAUCCACUGGAGUGUGAUCUAAUGGCGGCAGCAUUGCUGUAAAUAUCGAUUUUGCAAAUAGUUGAGUUAGAGGGAGAGUUCCAAGCAUACACUUUAAGCCUUUGUAAUAUAGCUUUGGCAAUUCAGAAGUCAUGAAAAUGGGUCUCUGUGCAGUUGAUUGACCUGAUCUGAGCUGAUUGUCUGUAAGGUUUGAAAUUUUAACUGCAUCUAUGAAGAGAAUUUCGUGGAUCUAA